AUGUGUCUGAACUGGUACUGGAUCGACAUGGUGGGGCGCGACCCGUCCCUGCGCAAGUACAACAACGCGCUACGGUUUCUAACCAAACGGUUUAACAUCUGUGAGUCAUUCUUGACGGACAGGGACCACAGCAUCGUGCUGCCGCAGAUUUGCGUUUCGCCUGAGGCGCCCACGCAGUUUCUUAUUUGCCUGCGCGUUGCCACGCCACAGAUUGCCCUGGACGCCGACAGCGUGCUGGAGCUCACGAACCGCUGGAUCAUCAUCGUGGAUCUCAGCCAGAAGCUCGUUAUCACCAUCCACGGCUUGGACUGUAACUGCAUCGCCGCCAUGCGGCACCAGUGGAAUUCCCUGAUGAAGGGAAACGACAUCUCCUUCCAGGAGUUUCUCUUCAAGCUUCUUCAUGAGGCGGUACAGACGUAUGAGAGCUCGCUGGAAGUCCACGCAGAUCUUCUGGACCUGUGCGAGUCCAAGCUCUUCUUCUUUGGGGAUUGUAGCAUGGGCAAGGAGCACCUCUUCGAAGAGAGUCGCCGGGACCAGUUUUCCGAUGGAAAAGUGCUUUCACACUUUUCGAAGAGUUCCCAGUCCCCGUUCCUGCUGAAGCUACUCAACCAAAAGAGCACAAGGCCCAUGGACAAGGGGGCGAUGAACAUGUUUCUCUACCACCUUCACCGACGUACGAACGUGCAGUACCGCAUGCUCAGCAUCACGCAGGAGGUACUCGCGGAGAGCUUUACGAAGCUGCGCCUGUGUAGCAAGGAACACGCCAACCAGAUGUGUGUGAGCUGUAUUGAGUUGAUUGAUCGGGCGCUGGAGGUCCGUGACGAGGCCAAGACGCUGCUGAACCUGCACAUUUCGCUUCAGUCCUUCCAGGCGAACGAGCUGAUGGCCGUGCUAACAAAAUUUUCCGCCUUCUUUACGCCGUGUACUUUCCUUGCCGGCGUGUACGGGAUGAACUUUCCGCACAUACCCGAGUUCAAGUGGGAGUACGCCUACUACUACUUCUGGGUUGCGUGUCUGGGCAUUUGCCUCCUCAUUUAUGUGUACUUGGAUACGCGGGGGCUGCUGAAUUAG